AUGCGUGUCAAUACCAUCCGCUAUGGAUGUACCUCGUCUAGGUCCCUAUGUGGGAAACAUACUCAUGUCCCAAGCGGGCUCUCCGUUCUCCCUAGGAGAUGCCACCGAUGGAACAGCUCAAGCACCAAAUCACCAGCCAAAGAGUCCGUUAUAUUUUCUGGAAUCCAGCCAACUGGAGUUCCACAUCUCGGCAACUACCUAGGAGCCCUUAACGAAUGGGUGAAGCUGCAGCAAAACGCAACUGAAGGAACCAAGCUAUUCUUCUCUAUUGUUGACCUCCAUGCGUUGACGGUGCCACAAGACGCAGCGCAAUUGAAGAAAUGGAGAAGAGAAGCAUUUGCAACAUUGCUUGCUGUGGGGCUGGACCCUAAGCGCUCUACGAUAUUCUACCAGUCUGCUGUACCAGCUCACGCAGAGUUGAUGUGGAUCCUAAGCACAGUGGCUUCCAUGGGAUAUUUGUCGCGUAUGACACAGUGGAAGACCAAACUACAGCUGCCAGAAGAUGCCACGCUUGAUGACCAGACAGCACGAGCACAGCUGCGACUUGGACUUUUCUCGUAUCCAGUGCUUCAGGCUGCCGAUAUCCUUGUACACAGAGCGACUCACGUCCCUGUUGGUGAAGACCAGAGACAGCAUCUGGAAUUCUCCAGAUACACCGCCAACAGUUUCAACCACCUUUAUGGCUCUAUAUUUCCUAUCCCAGAGGCACUGAUAUCCCCUGCCAAGCGGGUAAUGUCCCUUAAGGAACCAACGUCCAAGAUGUCCAAAUCGCACGCUGAUGAGCGAUCCCGAAUCAUUCUCACCGAUUCUCCAGAUGUCAUCCGCAGAAAGAUCAAGGUUGCCCUGACAGAUUCGGCAUCGACGAUCACGUACGACCCGGCCCGUCGGCCCGGAGUAUCCAACUUGAUUGAAAUCCUCAGCCAUUUUGAGGGUGUAUCAUGCGAAAACAUUGCUGCUGAAUACCACAGCGCUAGUCUCCGAUCGCUCAAGGAACACGUUGGCGACCGCAUUGCCUUCCAUCUACAGGAUAUCCGAGAGCGAUACCUUGGGCUUAUGGAUGACAAAACCGGCUACCUGGAAUCAGUUGCAGAGGAUGGAGCGCAAGCCGCGCGUGCCAACACCCAGGUGACCAUGGGGCAAAUCCGGGAAGCGAUGGGCCUGUAA